AUGGCGGCAUCUGUCCAUCGCCCCAACCGGCCUGGAGUCGCCCCAGACAAGGCCCCGGACUUGGCGCCUGGGGGCAGAAAACGCGACACGCCGCUCUUUCUCAUCCUCGCAUUUCUCUCUCUCAAUGCCGUUCUUCUCGUCGUUGUAGACCGCACUGUCCGCGAACCGUACAUGGACGAGGAGUUCCACAUUCCUCAGGCGCAGCGAUACUGCGAGGCCUUUCCUCCGGAUUUCUACCAUCCCGACAUCUCCACCCCCCCCGGCCUCUACUGGGCUUCUGCGCUUCUUGCGCGCUCGCUCUCGACCGUCCUCUCUUUCCCCGCCUCGCUCCUUUCCAAGCACUUCCCGCCUUCCUCGCAUGCACGCGCCAAGACGCGAGCUCGACGAGAAGAGAACGAAGAGCCACGCAGCGAAGACGGCGCAAGAGACGAGGCACGCGACCUUCCGUUUCUCUGCCGUCGGUUCUCUCUCCGAGCCUUUGGUGCGCUCUUCGUCUCGCCUCUCACGCUUCUUCUUCUCUGGAACCUCGCCCUCCGCAUGCACUUCUCGCAGGAGCAGCCUCGGAAGGAGCGCCGAGAGACGCCAGCAGCGUGCGAACCCAGCCGCGAAACCCAACGGCUGGAGACAUCCCCUAGAGCGAGUAACGGCCAGGAAGACGAGGGAGAGCGAGGAACUGCAGGCAGUUUCUCCCACGGCGUCGAGUCUCCAGCAGGGUUCUUUGCUUCUGGAAGCCACGCCUCCCGUUCUGAGAGUGCGGAGCGCCGCACCCCACGGCCCUCGAGGAGAGCGCUGUUGCUCCACCUGCGAGUCGCCCGCAUCGCUCUCUUGCCCACGUUUUACUUCUUCAAUUUCCUCUUCUACACGGACUGCCUCUCCGUGAUGCUUCUCCUCUUCGCGUACCACCAACUCCUCACUUGCGCGCACCUCUGGGGCCUCGCUGCAGCCGGCAGCCUCGCCUUCUUCGUCAGACAGACGGCGAUUGUGUGGAGCGGGGGCGCCUGUCUCUUUGCGUUCCUCGCUGCACUGGCCUGCCGCCCGGCGUCUGCUCGAGAGCCCCAGGAGAAGCAAACACGCAUGCAAGGAACUCAGCGUCACUUCUCAGGGAAAGGAAGGACUCCGCGUGGUGUCAGUGCGGCCAGAGACAAGGACGAGAAGACUAAAGCGGUGGAGGAAAAGGCACAGCGUGGACUUUGCCGGGGUCCCGCGCUUCAGAGACAGGCUCUUUUCGGUCCUGUGUCUGUGUUGACAUGGGAAAACGUGAAGGCCGUCAUCGUCUUCUUCCUAUCGCCUCGCACGCUUGUGGAUGUCUCCCUCCCUCUGGCUCUCCCGCUCAUCGCCUUCUUCUUUUUUGUCGUUUCUAACGGCGGCCGUGUAGCGGUGGGCCAUCACGCCUACCACUCGCCGAGUGUACAUACAGCUUCGCUGCUGUACGCCGCGCUGUUCGUUGCAACUGCGGCGAGUCCAGCCUCCUUGCUGUCUGCCUUACGCGUCGUGGUCUCUCUGGCGAAGUCGGUUUUCUUCGCCAAAUCUCCAUUCUCUCUGAUUCCGCUCGGGCUGUCGGUGUUCCCCUCCGAGAAGCCGAGCAGCAAGGGACCUGCGAAGGCAGGAAAUGCAGGUAACGGAGAAACACGAGUGAAGGCAGGCAAGCUGAAAGACGGGGGCGAAGCCAGGGAGCUAGACGCCGUAUGCCCUAGGCACGCGCCGCUUCGGAAGAACGGUUUGAGGGCUUCUCGCGCGGCCCCAGCAGACUGCGAUGGCCAGGAAGACGGCGGGGAACGAGACAAACAGGAACGUCCGGCGGGGUCAGGCGACGAGUUAGCGGGGUGUACGGACACCGUGGAGGCUUCAGGAGGGGGGUGUGUGAAGCAGAGACUGGGGCGAACAGGCGAAAUGCGCAUGAAAACGGACUCUACGGUCCUUGAGCGGAGAGCCGGAAGUGCGGACACAGCUGAAGGGUUGGGCGACAAUCGGCAUAGCAAACCGCGAGGAAACCUGCAGCGCGUGAAUCCGUUUUGCGAGCCGUUUCGAUGUUUGUUUAGCCUCGACUGCUGGGUCAACCUGUGGUCUGGAAAAAACAUCGGAGAGCGAGAAGAUCUCGCGAAUGAAGCAGCGGCUCUGGUGCUUAAUGGUGGUGUCAGCGCUGUCAUUUUCUACGUCUUCCUUUGUCGGCCGUUUAUCGACUAUGCGGGAAAUGUUGCACGCUUCAUGCUGUGA